UUGACGGGAAGAGCGAGCGUAAACGGGAACAGAGCGAAUCAGACCAACUUACAAAAUCGUUUUACGCUGGCAUUGACAUAAUUAUUUUUUAUAAAAAGAAUUAGAAAAGACUUUAGAUAUUAGACAGCUAUUCAGCUGUCGACACUCUAGACGCGUUGUUUUGUUGCGGCAGACAUUAUUUGGAGCUAGCCUGUCUUGUCUGCUAUCCUGCGCGUUAGCUAACACGUCCAUUCGAAGCAGAGGAAAAGUCCACCUUUGAUUUUCUGUUUUUCCGAAGGUUCAUCGCCCAGCUGUGGCACAAUGACGUCAAGGAAGAAAGUACUUCUUAAAGUCAUCAUCCUCGGAGACUCUGGAGUUGGGAAGACCUCAUUGAUGAACCAGUAUGUGAAUAAGAAGUUCAGCAACCAGUACAAAGCCACAAUAGGUGCAGAUUUUCUGACAAAAGAAGUAAUGGUGGAUGACAGACUUGUCACAAUGCAGAUUUGGGACACAGCAGGUCAGGAGAGGUUCCAGUCCUUAGGUGUUGCAUUCUACCGUGGGGCUGACUGUUGUGUUCUGGUGUUUGAUGUGACAGCACCAAACACCUUCAAGACCCUAGACAGCUGGAGGGACGAGUUCUUGAUCCAGGCUAGCCCACGAGACCCAGAAAAUUUCCCCUUUGUGGUGCUGGGCAACAAGAUUGACUUGGAGAACAGACAGGUGACAACCAAACGGGCACAGGCUUGGUGUCAGAGCAAGAACAACAUCCCAUAUUUCGAAACCAGCGCCAAGGAGGCAAUCAAUGUGGAGCAAGCCUUCCAGACUAUAGCACGCAAUGCUCUUAAACAGGAAACCGAAGUUGAGUUGUACAACGAGUUUCCUGAGCCAAUCAAGCUGGAUAGAAACCCGCAAGCCAAGCCGUCAGCAGAGACCUGCAGCUGUUGAGGACUCUGAGGAUUCUUGGGGUUGUCAUUGCCCACACUACCCUGUCUUGCCUUGUCUAUAUACCCCUUUCUCAUGGCCCACUGUGUUAUGCCCUUAUGCCCAACUUACAAGCAGCAUCCCACACAUAGAGUAUAUUACUACACACAAACAUGCUGCACUCACCUCUUUACGUAAACAAAAUACAAGUUUUCUAUAAAUCUCCUAGCCCAAAGAACACCUUAAGGAAACAUUGUGGCAUUUACUCAUAUGAUGCUCAUUACUUCCCAGUGUUUCUCUUUCUUGGUCUGGCUUGGGCUUUUCUCAUUUUCUGUUUAAAUGUUUUGCUACUUUGACUUCCAGUUUUGGUCUCAACUGCUCCCAUUUUGAUACUUUUAAGUGUGAAAUCAAAGCAUUACAUCUGUGUCCAUUUGGACUUUAUGGUUUAAGUAAAACACAUUCUUUUUUCUUCUUAAACAACAAAAAGAACUCUAUCAGUGGUACACUGCUGCCCCAUAUCCUUCUUAUUUAUGUUGUAGGUUAAAUGACUGAUUAUUGAAAAUGUUAUAUAACCUCAUUAGGAAAAAAAAAACGGUAAAUUCUGAUUCAACAGGGGCUCAUGGGUGACG